AUGGGGUUGGCAGCUACCAGGACGAAGCAGCGGUUUGGUCUAGAUCCAAGAAACACGGCAUGGAGCAAUGACACGUCAAGAUUCGGGCAUACAAUGCUUGAGAAAUUCGGAUGGAAGCCUGGCAUGGGCCUUGGUAUGGUCCCGGCAGAAUCACACAAAUCACAUAUCAAGGUCACUAUAAAGGAUGAUACUGUAGGCUUAGGUGCCAAGAUAAAGCGGAAGGAAAGAAAAGAUGAAUUCGACAAUGGAGAAUGUGCAGGACUCGACGUCUUUCAGAGGAUUCUAGGUAGGCUUAAUGGAAAGGAAAAGGCUGUAACAGAUGAGUUAGAGAAGCAGCGGAUUGACAAAGUACUGAAUGGAAAAUGGGGAGUGCAUUUUAUCAAAGGUGAGGUAUUGGCCAGUACGUGGGAUCCAGAGACAAAGAAGCUGAAGAGUUAUUCUAACGAAAAGAGCACAGUUUCUGAAGAAUCAGCAAGUGAUUCAGACGGCAGCGAAGAAGUCAAGGAGGUGAUAAAAAAAGCGAAGAGAACGAAAGGAUCGAAGCUCGAGGAUAAAUCCAAGGCAAGGUGUAGUAAGGAAUCUAAGAAGCAAAGAAAGGAGCAGAAGAAGAUGGUUAAGAAAGCAAAGAAGAAAGAGAAGAAGAAGCACAGGGAGGAAAACAAAGAGUUAUCUAGGAGGAUCGCUUAUCUUGAGUCCAGCCCAACUGCGUCUAAUAUUCCUGCUAAUGUCUCCACAAGAUUAUCUAUUCGCGCCAAGCAUAUCCGGCAGAAAAGAGCUGCCACUAUGGAUUCAAAGGCUCUCAAUGAGAUCUUCAUGGUUACCGAUAAUUGA